AUGAAGACUCCACAUACAUGUGGCAGGAUGAGCUUUGCGAGGUGGAUGGCUAUAAAAACUAAGCAAACAGGAAAGGAACCUGAUAGGCUAGAAACUUUUGAGGAUACACAUACAAGAAAGAAUGGGACCUAUGUGAUUGAGUAUGCAACAAACCUUAUUGAAAAGGCGCAUACUCUUCGAAAGGAAGGGUCUGCUGAUAAUGAACAAAUCUUUCAGAAGCUACAUGGUCCAGAGCAUUCUGGGAGGGUUCGUUGUGCUGGCUUGGGACCAACCCCAUCGACCUAUUUUGUGCCUUCUUCUUCCUCAGCUUCAACAAAUCUACCACUGCAUCGUGCUCUACUGAGGGAGAAGGGGCCAAUUGAGUGUUCAUUCCGUGCACUAUCUUCAUCAAGCCAAAGUGUUCCACAGGGCUGA